GAGAUUUUGCGACUCUCUCUCCAACGCGGUUGUCACUUUGCGUCGGCAUCUCCCCCGUGAGCUUCAUCUUCGAACUUACGAACUCUCUCUCAGCUCCGGAGAAGACUCUUUACGCGCUUGGGUAAGGCUGGGCAGAGUCAAAAACUACAAAAGUUGCCAGAAGAAAAGCCUUAGUUUAUACUUCUGAAAUUAUCCGAUAUGGGUCCGAAGAAAGGUGGCGCACCGAAGCAGAGGGGAAAUGCUGCGGAGACGGUAGAGGAGACGCUCCAGGCGGUGGUGCUUGCGGAUACCUUUGAGACGAGAUUUGAGCCCUUCACUCUGGAAAGACCUCGGUGUCUCUUGACGCUCGCGAACACACCUCUUAUCGAAUAUACCCUUGAGUUCCUGGCCAAUGCGGGUGUCGAGGAUGUCUUCCUCUACGGUGGUGCGCAUUCGGAUCAGCUGGAGCGAUAUAUCAAUGCGUCGAAGUGGAGAGCGCCCUCGUCGCCCUUCAAGCAGCUGACUUUCCUCAAGUCGACGUCAACCUCGGUCGGAGAUGUCAUGCGUGAUCUGGAUGGCAAGCACCUGAUUACCGGAGAUUUCAUCGUCGUCAGCGGCGAUGUCAUCAGCAACCUGCCGAUCGAAGGCGCCUUGGCCAAGCACCGUGCUCGUCGCGAAGCCGACAAGAAUGCGAUCAUGACUAUGAUCCUGCGGGAAGCCGGCCGCAACCACCGGACCAAGGCCUCUUCCGUGUCCCCCGUCUUUGUGAUCGACCCGACCAAGGACCGUUGUCUGCACUACGAGGAGAUUGACCAACACAACCCCGAUUCCACGCGCCUGAACAUCGAACCGGAAAUCAUCACGUCACAUCAGGAAAUCGACUUGCGCCAGGACCUGAUCGACUGCAACAUCGAUAUCUGCACGCCUGAUGUGCUGAGUCUCUGGUCCGACAGCUUCGAUUACCAGGCGCCGCGCAAGCAGUUCUUGUUCGGUGUGUUGAAGGACUACGAGCUGAACGGCAAGACGAUUCACACGCACAUCAUCAAGGACCACUAUGCGGCCCGCGUGAGGAACCUGAAGGCGUACGAUGCUAUCAGCAAGGAUAUCAUCUCCCGAUGGACGUAUCCUCUUUGCCCCGACACCAACCUCCUUCCAGGACACAACUACGAGCUCCGCAAGGGAAGCCUGUACCAGGAACAGGGCGUGACUCUGGCCCGCUCGUGUGUCAUCGGCCGCCGAACGGUUAUCGGCCAGGGAACGAGUAUCGGGGACAAGACGACGGUCAAGGAUACAGUUCUCGGCCGGGACUGCAAGAUUGGCAAGAACGUCACCUUGGAAGGUGCCUACAUCUGGGACGGUGCUGUUAUCGGUGACGGAACGACAGUCAGACAAGCCAUCGUUGCCGACCGGGCAGUUGUUGGAAAGAACUGUACCGUCGAGCCUGGUGCUCUCAUCUCUUUCGGCGUGGAAAUCGCCGACGGGGUUAAGGUUACCGAGGGACUGCGCAUCACGAAAGCACCCAGAGACGAGGACGACGGUGUACCCACUAGCGAGCCUGAGAUUGUCGGAGAAGGGGGUACGGGCUACGAAUAUGUUCCCUACGAAGAUGAGGAUGAGGAUGACACAGCCAGUAACGCCUCGUCAGGAUUGAUCUACAACAUGGCAAAUCUCUCGCUAUCCACCGACUCCAUCUCCACACUUUCAUCAGAGAUCUCCGACUUUGGCGGCUCCCGCUCUGGGAGCUUUAGUACUACGAUGUCUGAUGAUGAGGAUUCGGACCACUUUGUACACGAUGCUGCGGCCAGCGUCUAUGACAGUUUGCGGGAAGGCGUCACGUCGGAUGUGGUUCAGCUGGAACUGGUCAGUCUGCGUAUGACGGCCAACGCCUCGGACCACCAGGUUCGCCGCGCCGUGGUCUCCGCGUUCAUGAAGCGGGUGGCGCAGUUGAUGGAAGGUGGAAAGGGCGCCGGAGAGGCGGUCCGAGAGAUCUUCGGCAAAUACCGGGAAAUCGUCGAGCGGGCCUUGUUCGACCGCGAGCGUGAAGACAAGCCCGACCAGGUUGACCUGCUUGUCCUCCUUCAGCAGGACUUGGUGCACCGCAGCCGUGGCGAUACGGUUCUCUUGUUCAUCGCUAAGGAGCUGUACGACUUGGAAAUCAUUGACGAGGAAGCCUACGAGCAAUGGUGGGACGAUGAGCGCUCGAGCAGCACCGAGGAGAUGCGCCAAGUGCGCAGCCAAGCACAGCAGUUUGUUGACUGGUUGGCCAAUGCUGAGGAAGAGGAGAGCAGUGAAGAGGAAGAGAGCGAGGAGGAGGAAGAUGACGAUUGAAUGAAUGACCUAGACUGUGGCAUAUAGACUGCUUUCAAAAUCC